CGUCCGGGCCGCGGCCCCAGGGUUCGGGCCGCGAUGGCAGCGGCACCCGGCGUGGAGGAAAUUUAGGCCGGGGAUUCAUGCGGCCUGGCCUGGCUCCGACUCCUCCCCCCUCGGCCUCGGCUGUGCCCCGCGCUCCGGCCCCCCUCCGGGCCCCCGUGUCUCUCCUGUGAUCGCACUGACACGGCCGGGGGGUUAGAAUGGAACAGACUGAAGGCCCUAUGAGAGAAAGGGAAAGUUAAGGAUGCUGGAGCAGAACAAUGGAUUUCUCUUUCUCUUUCAUGCAAGGGAUCAUGGGAAACACAAUUCAGCAACCACCUCAACUCAUUGACUCAGCCAACAUCCGUCAGGAGGAUGCCUUUGAUAAUAGCAGUGAUAUUGUUGAAGAUGGUGGCCAGACACCAUAUGAAACCAGUCUGCAGCAAGGCUUUCAGUACCCACCUACCACAGAGGAACUUCCUCCUAUUACAAAUGGCUAUCCACCCUCAAUCGGCAUGUAUGAACCUCAAGCCAAAUACCAGACAUAUAGUCAGUAUCCCAACGGGUCAGCCAAUGGUUUUGGUGCAGUUAGAAACUUUAGCCCCACUGACUAUUACCAUACUGAAAUUUCAAACACAAGACCACAUGAAGUUCUGGAAAAACCUUCCCCUCAACAGCCACCACCUCCUCCUUCGGUACCACAAACUGUGAUUCCAAAGAAGACUGGCUCACCAGAAAUUAAAUUAAAAAUAACCAAAACUAUCCAGAAUGGCAGGGAAUUGUUUGAGUCCUCCCUCUGUGGAGACCUUUUAAAUGAAGUACAGGCAAGUGAGUACGCAAAAUCAAAACAUGAAGGCAGAAAAGAAAAGAGGAAAAAAAGUAACAAGCAUGACUCUUCUAGAUCAGAAGAGCGCAAGUCGCACAAAAUUCCCAAAUUAGAACCAGAGGAGCAAAAUGUGCCAGUUGCCCCUGGGGGUUCCUCCUACCCCCCUCCCAGGACAAGUAGACUUUUCAGGCACCAAAUACCUCAGGCCUUCUCCAGUUUGAGGUCCUCAUCUCCCCUCACCUAUAGGAGUAUUCAUCAGUGGAAACCCAUCUCCAAAAGACCAAAUGAGAGGGUUAACAUUCUAUCUGAAAAACCAAGAGAAGAUUCUAUGGUAUUAGAAGAAACACCGGUUCAGCAGUACCUACCUUCCCUUCCAGCGGAAGUGAGCACUGGUGUGAAGUUCCAAGUUGGUGACCUCGUCUGGUCUAAAGUGGGAACCUAUCCUUGGUGGCCUUGUAUGGUUUCAAGUGAUCCCCAACUUGAGGUUCAUACCAAAAUUAAUACAAGAGGGGCCCGGGAGUACCACGUCCAAUUUUUCAGCAACCAACCAGAGCGAGCAUGGGUCCAUGAAAAGCGGGUACGAGAGUACAAAGGACACAAACAGUACGAACAGUUACUAGCUGAAGCAACUAAACAAGCCAGCAAUCACUCUGAGAAACAAAAGAUUCGGAAACCCCGACCUCAGCGGGAGAGGGCCCAGUGGGAUAUUGGCAUUGCCCAUGCAGAAAAAGCAUUGAAGAUGACCCGAGAAGAAAGAAUAGAACAAUAUACUUUUAUCUAUGUUGACAAACAGCCUGAGGAAGUUUUAUCCCAAGCAAAAAAGAGUGCUGCCUCCAAAGCAGAAGUGAAAAAGAACCGGAGACCUAAAGCAGUGCUGAACACUCAGCCAGAACAGAGCAAUGCAGGGGAGGCAGCCUCCUCACUGUCAAGUACUGAGAUCCGCAGACACAGCCAGAGACGGCAUACAAGUGUGGAAGAGGAAGAGCCACCCCCUGUUAAAAUAGCAUGGAAGACAGCAGCAGCGAGGAAAUCUUUACCGGCUUCCAUUACGAUGCACAAAGGCAGCCUGGAUCUGCAGAAGUGCAACAUGUCUCCAGUUGUGAAAAUUGAACAAGUAUUUGCUCUUCAGAAUGCUGCGGGAGAUGGGAAAUUCAUUGAUCAGUUCGUUUAUUCAACAAAGGGAGUUGGUAACAAAACCGAAAUAAGUGUCAGGGGACAAGACAAACUUAUCAUUUCUACACCAAACCAGAGAAAUGAAAAAGCAACUCAGAAUGUAUCAUCUCCUGAAACAACAUCUGGGUCGACAGGUUCCAUAGAAAAGAAGCAGCAGAGAAGAUCAAUUAGAACUCGUUCUGAAUCUGAGAAAUCCACUGAGGUUGUGCCAAAGAAGAAGAUCAAAAAGGAGCAGGUUGAAACAGUUCAGCAAACUACAGUGAAGACAGGAUUACAGAAAGGUGCCAGCGAGAUUUCAGAUUCCUGUAAACCUCUAAAGAAAAGGAGUCGCGCCUCAACUGAUGUAGAAAUGACUAGUUCAGCGUACAGAGACACGUCUGACUCCGAUUCUAGAGGACUUAAUGAUUUGCAAGUGAGCUUUGGAAAGCAAUUAGAUAGUCCUUCUGCUGCUGCUGAUGCUGAUGCCUCUGAUGUGCAGUCAGUGGACUCAAGUCUGUCAAGAAGAGGAACUGGAACCAAUAAGAAAGACACUGUGUGUCAGAUCUGUGAAAGCUAUGGUGACUCUCUGGUUGUUUGUGAGGGGGAAUGCUGUAAACACUUUCAUCUAGAUUGCCUGGGACUGUCAUCUCUCCCUAAUGGAAGGUUCCUCUGCACCGAAUGUAAAACUGGGCACCAUACUUGCUUCUCUUGUAAGGUUCCUGGUAAAGAUGUGAAGCGUUGUUCUGUCACUGCCUGUGGUAAAUUUUACCAUGAGACCUGUGUCCGAGAAUUUGCUACUGCUGUCUUUGAGUCCAGAGGAUUCCGCUGUCCUCAGCACUGCUGCUCCACUUGUUCCAUGGAGAAAGAUAUCCACAAAGCAAGCAAAGGUCGCAUGAUGAGGUGUUUAAGAUGCCCAAUUGCCUAUCAUUCAGGAGAUGGCUGCGUAGCUGCAGGAAGUCUGUUUGUGUCCUCCUAUGUUCUCAUCUGUAGUAAUCAUUCCAAGAGGAGCAGUCAUUCUUCCUCCACUAUAAAUGUAGGCUUUUGUUUCGUUUGCGCAAGAGGGCUGAUAGUUCAGGAUCAUUCAGACCCCAUGUUCAGUUCAUAUGCCUAUAAGUCCCACUACCUACUGAAUGAAUCAAAUCGUGCUGAGUUGAAAUUACCUAUGAUUCCUUCUUCGUCAGCUUCCAAAAAGAAAUGUGAGAAAGGUGGAAAACUGUUGUGCUGUGAAUCAUGCCCAGCUUCCUUCCACCCGGAAUGCCUCAGCAUAGAGAUGCCAGAGGGCUGCUGGAAUUGUAAUGACUGUAAAGCUGGCAAGAAACUCCAUUACAAGCAGAUUGUUUGGGUCAAGUUGGGAAACUACAGGUGGUGGCCAGCAGAAAUCUGCAAUCCCAGGUCCGUGCCUCUUAACAUCCAAGGCCUUAAACAUGACUUAGGGGACUUUCCUGUGUUCUUCUUUGGUUCUCAUGACUACUAUUGGGUGCACCAGGGCAGAGUGUUCCCAUAUGUUGAAGGAGACAAAAGCUUUGCUGAGGGGCAAACUAGUAUUAACAAGACCUUCAAAAAAGCACUUGAGGAAGCUGCACAACGUUUCCAAGAGCUGAAAGCACAAAGAGAAAGUAAAGAAGCCUUGGAGCUGGAAAGAAAUUCAAGAAAACCCCCACCCUACAAGCACAUUAAAGCCAACAAAGUGAUAGGGAAGGUUCAGAUCCAGGUGGCUGACCUGUCUGAGAUCCCUCGCUGUAAUUGCAAACCUGCUGAUGAAAACCCCUGUGGCCUGGAGUCAGAGUGCUUGAACCGCAUGUUGCAGUAUGAGUGUCACCCCCAAGUAUGCCCAGCUGGGGACCGGUGCCAGAACCAGUGCUUCACCAAAAGGCUCUAUCCUGAUGCUGAAGUCAUCAAGACAGAGAGACGAGGCUGGGGCCUGAGGACCAAGAGGAGCAUCAAGAAGGGUGAAUUCGUAAAUGAAUAUGUUGGUGAGUUAAUUGAUGAAGAAGAAUGCAGAUUGCGAAUCAAACGUGCCCAUGAGAACAGCAUAACUAAUUUUUAUAUGUUAACAGUCACCAAGGACCGUAUUAUCGAUGCUGGCCCAAAAGGGAAUUAUUCUCGCUUUAUGAACCAUAGUUGCAAUCCAAACUGUGAAACUCAAAAGUGGACAGUGAAUGGGGAUGUUCGUGUUGGACUUUUUGCUCUUUGUGAUAUUCCUGCAGGGGUAGAGCUAACAUUCAAUUAUAAUCUGGAUUGCCUGGGCAAUGGCAGGACAGAGUGUCACUGUGGAGCAGACAACUGCAGCGGCUUUCUAGGAGUUCGACCAAAGACGGCAUUUGCGUCAGCAAAUGAAGAAAAAGCAAAAAAUGCUAAGUUGAAGCAGAAGAAACGGAAAAUCAAAACAGAACAGAAGCAGAUGCAUGAGGAUUAUUGUUUUCAGUGUGGAGAUGGAGGAGAGCUGGUCAUGUGUGACAAAAAAGACUGUCCAAAAGCAUACCACCUCCUAUGCCUUAACCUGACGCAGCCACCAUAUGGAAAGUGGGAAUGUCCCUGGCAUCAGUGUGACACAUGUAGCAACUCUGCAGUUUCUUUCUGUGAGUUCUGUCCAUGUUCAUUUUGUAAAGAUCAUGAGAAAGGGGCUUUGGUGCCCUCUGCACUGGAAGGCCGUCUCUGCUGCUCUAAACAUAACCCUAAAUCUCCCGUGGCACAAGAGUACUGGAACAAGAUAAGAUGCAAAUUGGAAUCACAAGAUCCUGGAGAUGACGUGAAGGAAUAAAUUUACAGUGUUUUAUUUUUAUUUUUUAUUUCAAUUCUUUUUUUUUUAAGAAAGAUAAAGGUAAAAAGUAAAUAGGUGAUGAAAUAGAUAAAGAAGAAACUGUCAUAAUGUACUUGCUUUAUCACCUGAGCUGGCUUUGUAAUUGGAAUGGAGGAAUUAUGUGAUCCAGGCAGCCAAGGAAGACAGUGAUGCCUGGAUUUUGAAUGAUUUGUGAUGGGGUGGGGUGAUUAAAUUCUUUCUGUGUUUUCCUUGCCCUUAAAUGUGCUUCUGCAGCUGAAAAACAGAUAUACCUUGGCCUUUAAGAAAGAAAAAUUAGAAAAUACAUUUAUGUCAGUAAACAGAAAUUUCAAGUUUAAAAUAUGUUUCUGAGUGUAGAAGGUAAAAGUAGUCACCACUCUUUUAUUUUGCUUUUAAGGAAUCUUGAAAAAUAUGACUUAGAUAGUUUAAUCAGUGUGUUUAAAGAAAAAGUUGGGGAUGGGGGGUGGGGGGAGUAGGAACUUGACUUCUUUUCUGGAAUAGUCCAGAAAAGGGUAUAAUAGUCUUUACAUACAUUUUUAUGAAAAAUUAAUUUAGGCUAACUCCUUUGUGGCCCUUCAGAAUUCUCUGGUGGUCUUGGAAGUUGGGGUGUGGGAGUGGUCAAUCUGACUGUAAACAAAAUGCCUCUUUCUGUUGAGUGUACCUCUCUGGGCUCCAAGACAAGGUGGGCUCCAUGAUAGCAUUAUUUAAGUUAUUAAUAUGGAUAUAAUACUUUAUUUUUUAAAAAUUACAGGAUGAUUCUACUGAUUUUUAAAUGCUUUUUUGUUAAUGCUAACUUUUUACAAAUGACGUGUGUCUAUAUGGGUAUGAAGAAGCAGGAAGAAUAGCUGUCCUUACCAUACUGCCACACUGAUGUAGGCCAUUAAAAGGAGAUGAGAUGCAGCUAACUCAAAGCCUUAUGCUGGGGCUGUUGUCGCUGUUGUAUGCAGAUGAUAAGCUCAACUGGAGAGGAAUCACAGGCUUUUUCUUUUUCCUUUUCGCCCCUUCCUCAUCUUAACUAAACAUUCCUUUUGUUAACUGACUAGUCCAGCCUUGUUUCUUGGUGGAAAAUACACAGAUGUACUUUGAAUUGUAUUUUAAAUAGCUCUUCUUAGUUGUGGAUGGAUGAAUUUAAAAGGCCAUAUUUAAGCAGUUUUCAUUGAUUGAUAUCUUAGUACUGAACAUUGCCCUUGCUGUUAGGAAACUAAUGGCUCUUCUAAUUCCACAGGGUAUGAAAUAGUAACACAAAUGCACUUGUUCUUUACCAGUUAUCUGGGAAAAGCUCCCAGGGAAGUCAGUGUUAACAAAAGGUGUUGGCUGUGAUUUAUAAUUUUCUAGUACACCAAGACAUCUAUCUUACUCAUGGAAUUCGUUUAUUCUUAGGUCUCUAGGAAUAUGUGUCCCAAUAUUCUCCGGGGCAGGGGACUAACACAAGAUAUGGUAAUGUCAUUGUGUUGAGUGUCUUGUGUUCAUUUCUUCUCUGAGUUUUGACUGAAUAGAAAGAACUUCAGACACAAGGUAGCAUCCCCUUCCUUCCCAAGGACCCAAUAAGGAAUCCAGAAAAGAAAUUAGAGCCACCUCAUCCCUUCCAUAGUUGGGGCAGUUGUACUAUUAUACUUAUUCCCUUUUCUACAUCAGUUUUAGAGCAUUCCUAACUGAAACAAAAUGGAAAAUAAGAAGGAAAAUGCAGUUUGGUGCCUCUGUGUGCAUAUAUGGGUGUAUGGACACGUGCAUGUGUACUGGAUUUUUUUUUUUUUUUUUUUAAAACAGAACACUAUGAUUACCUUUAAGCACUUGAACUGCCAGCUCCCAGAAAGGACUUACUGGGCCUCCUAUAAUUGAUUUUUCUUUUUUGUUAAGGGAAUUAAUUACUCCAGUAAAACUCAAUUCCCUAAGUUUUGCCACAGUGGCAAGAGCUAAAUGGAAAAUGCUAUCUGUGUCACUGGUUGUGGUCACUACUCAUAAAAUGACAGCUUACCAAAACACACUAAAUUUUGCUUCCUUAGCAUUUAUGUAUUUUGAUAUCCUUUUAACAUUAUUUAAUAGUAUUUAGGCUUUGUCAUACUUUUAAUUUUGUACAUGUAUGAUAUAUUUGCUUAAAAAGUUAUAAAUAUGAAGAUUUAAUUUAAUAUUCCAAACAUAACUCUCCUCUUGCAACGGCAUCCAACAGGAAAUCUGAUGUUUGCUUUGUAUAAUAAUGUGUUUGGCUUCAGUACCACUUAGUAAUAUUCUGUUGAAUUUUACAUGGUAAGCCAGGGUGUGCUGAAUACUGCAAAAACCUUAUGUUGAAAGUAUUUGUAUUUGUUUUUUUUUUAAAUAGUAUCUCAUUGUUGGCUUGUUUUUCUCUUUAAGUAGCAGAGCUCUACCAAGAUUUCUUUGUUGGAAUAAUUAAUGGAAAAGCAUAGGCUGAUAGAUAGCUUAGCACAACAGAAGAAUUGGACCAUGAAUAACAACUUUUUCCAUUGAGCACCUGAAUAUUUGAAGGAGUUUUAAAAAAUGGGUUUGAUUUAGUAGUGCCAGUGCCAAGAGGAUGUCUCAUUUUUUGCUGUCAUACCUUUUUUAAUGCACCUUUAGAAUGUGAGAUUGUGGAGAAGGUGAGAGUGUGUAAGUGUAUACUUGCACCCAAACUAUUCACUGAAAUGUUUUGAAUGAGCUGAGGGUCACUUUCAAAUUUGUGGUCAGUGGCGUAAAUGUUGUUGUUAUUGUUGCUGUUGUUCCUUUUCACAAAGAAAUGAACGAGGCAAAACUGCUAGAUUCCACCAUUUCCUCUAUUAUUCUCUGCUUUACCUCGUGCUAAUUAUUUUGAAGGAGGAUACAUUUUGUGGUUGUUGGCAUGAAGCUCACAUCUGAAUCAGUUGUGGUUGAAGAUGAAAUACUGAAGACCCUCCCCAGGACAAUGUGAAGUGGGAUAGAAUGGAAUCAACUUGGACCAGUUUCAGGGAACAGAAGAGCUGGUUGUCAAGCUUGACUUAUAUAGUAAGAGUUGGUUAAUAUGAGGAUAAAUAUUCAUUCUUGGCACUGAUGCCAUGGCGUGCAGCUGUGCAAAGCAGAAAAAUGAACUUUGUAGCUCUUUAAGCUGAUAAGAAUGGAGUUACAGGAAGGAGGAGGUGAUUUUUUUAAAGCAUGUUUUCAGUUUAUCUUGAAUGUGCAUCUGAGUUUUUAAGGAAAUGAUCUGGUUUGAGUUUUAAAGCUGAAUUCCAAGAUCAUUAUUACUAGGAUUGGUGUGGGACCACCUCUGAGAGGAUACAUAUUCAAACCACACCAAAAAAAGAUGGCAUGCACAUCUUCCCCCAAUCUCUUCACCCUCAUCUUCACGGAGAAGGAAAUUAUCACAGUGUGCCCAUAAACACUGACCACAGCUAAAGCUACUCAGGAAUUGGAACUUCAAGCAUUCUAACCAUCCAAAGGACUGUGACUAGAAGGGUAGUUGAGUACUUGACAGUUUUUUGUCCUGGUGGACAGAGUAGUUUCUUGCUCAGUGUUUAGACCACAUUCAAACUUACUUGCAAAUAUCUUGGUCUGUAGUUUGUAUAACAGAAGUUGCUAUCUAUAAAGUAAUAUAAUAUCUGUGCUGCCCAGCAGAGGUCAGUUAUCUUUAAAAAAUAAAGCCCUUUCUUUGCACGUUUAAAACUAGAGUGUUGCUGCCACAUAUGUUCUAAUGUGGUAUAAAAACAAAAGAAUUCAAAUGGAGAUAAUUCUUACCACUUGAGAAGUGCUUAGCCACUUACAUGUUUUCAUUAGGGGUUUUAUCAGAUGGAUAGUAGCAACAGAUUUGCUUCCAGAGUAGGGUCUUGUCCAGUUGAAUUACUUAUCAUUCUGUUGGUAGGUCACAUAAGAGCUGGGUACAUGAUGAGAUCAGGUGAGAUAUUUUCCUUUGUCCAGACCGCUCCAAAAAAAGUCAUUGGUCUUUUUUAAACAGAAACUAAAAUGAAACUCUCUUCUGUUUUCAAGUAAAAUAGGAAGUGGACACAUUUUUGGGGCAAAUUGGCAAAUAUUGAAAAGAUUAAAAAUUUGUAUAUACAGAAACUUUGCAAGCAAACUUUUAUCUGGAAAGGUAUGGGGGCGGGAGAUGAAACAAGGCAGUGGGGAUGAUGUUUACCACAGGUACGAAGUAGUCACUUUAACACUGAGACCUCUGCCUCAUUGAAUUCAGGUUUUCUAAUGUACAUACUUGAAGCCCUUCAGAUGCUCAUUUUGCAGCUUUUUUAUUUAUAAAGUAGAAAGCAUUGUUUUGUGUACUACAUUGAGAAUUAGUAGCCGAGUCUCUUGCCCUCCUUAACUUGGGUGAAUUUAUGGGUAGUGCAAAUGGGAUUUUCAGAGCAGGUGUCUCUGUUUUAUGUAUGCACUUAGGAAGAGACUACUACAUAAGAAACCAGCAGCAUUUUAUGACAAUUUCCUAUGUUUGUUCUUUAUUUCCAAUAUUGUAUCAAUUCUGUUCUGCCCCUCCCCCCUUUCCCUUUAUUGUGUCUGUGUAACGAAAAUUUUGCACUUACAUUACACUCCCAAAAUGCUGGAUGUAAUCAGUUGUGUUUCAGAAACUUAUUUCCGUUUUCUAUCAUAGUCCAUUACAGAGUGACAGACUUGGGUGCUUGUUAUAUGUUUGUGCUUAAAGGAAGGGAGAGAGAAUUUUGGUGAACUGCAGUGGCCUCUAUAAUGGAGAUCCUUAAAAUCAUUCCCAUGUAAACAAAAGUAAGGUAAAAUAAUGUCUUAAUUGCCAAAGCCAUUCACUCAGUCUUUCAGGUUUUCAUGUGGUUUUUAUUGAAUAAAUCUGUUCAUCAGAAUAGAAAUGCCCACCAUUUCUAAACUUCUACCUGGAAAGAAAGAGUGUAUUGGGGUCAUUUUGGAGCAUAGCUCAAGUGGCCUAGCAUUGGACCUUUAUAAGGAAUUCUUAGGAGUUUAGAAAUGGGCUUGGAUGAUAUUUACUUUAACUUGUCAUUGAUCUUGAUUGGCAUAUCUCAUUUGUAGUGUUAUAUUCAUAUAAAAAUUAUAUCACCACUGAUAACCAAGAUGAUAAUGAUUACAACUGACUAGUGAUGAGAUUUUUUCUUUGCAUAAGGGCAUAUGCAUAUUUGGGAUUGGUAUGAGGAUUUAAGCCCUUUUGUACCCAUUUUGAAUGAUGUUACACAAUAAAAAGAAACCUAAAAGACUCCAUUUUCAUUUCCAUGUGAUCUUUUAUCUGUAAUAAUGAUCUUUGUAGAUUUGUUUUCUGUAGACUUUAUCUGUAACAAACUUUAUAGAUUCUGUGAAAUGUUCUUUUAAUGAAAUCACUUGAGUCUUUAAUAGGAAACCAUCAAUAUUCACUAAAGUCAAUCUCUUAUGAGUUUCUGUGACUUGGAUGGAAGCUUUUAACACUAACAAAUUAGUGUUAACUUUCCCUGGGGAUGUUCCACUGGGGCAUUACUGUAUUAUGACAUGACUUGAUGUUGCCGCAUUGACUUUGAGAUAUACAAUAUUUGGGGAGUUUUGUUGUUUGGCCUAUGUUCUCUUGCAUAGUGUGAAACAUGUAAAAGCUUGGUUAAAUUGUAUAUAGAUAGUUUACUGUUGACUAGUGUAUUUAGAAUUGCCUGUAAUAUUUAAUCUUCUUACUGAAUUGAAUGUGUGUGAUGGUAGGAACAUAUAAUUUUUGUACAUUAUAUUUACUGAGAUGUUGCCUUUUUUAUUUUACAAAUACUUUGGAAUUCAGAUGCUUUUUUGCUUCUGUGAGGAUUAAUUUGGAAAGGUUUUUAAAUGACAUUCCACUGAUUACAGAUUUUGCUUGAGAUUGACUUCAAUAAAUUGUUCUGAAUGUUCCAAGUUAA